AUGCUACGCACUCCGGCGCCAAGCAGCCUCUAUGGCUUGGUUGAUAUGGGCAGCAAUGGCAUCCGGUUCUCAAUCACAGACCUGUCACCCUCAUCGGCCCGUUCUUUACCAACAAUCUACCAGGAUCGUGAGGGCAUCUCCUUGUUUGACGCGCAGUAUUCUACCGGGGUCAAAGGGCCCAUCCCACAGGAAACCGUUGAUGAAGUGCUUAUCUCAUUGACGAAAUUCAAGACUGCGUGCGCCGACUUUGGAGUUUUUGCGACCAAUAUCAGGGUCCUAGCCACCGAAGCUACAAGGACCGCGGAGAACUCGGCGGACUAUCGCCGCCAGAUAAAAGAUGCAACGGAUUGGGAGGUCGACAUGCUGCCCAAGGAGGCCGAGGGAAGAAUAGGUGCCCUGGGUGUGGCUAGCAGCUUCGCGACUGUCGAGGGGUUAGUCAUGGAUUUAGGAGGUGGAAGCACGCAAAUCACCUGGAUGGUCGCCAAAGACGGCCACAUCCAAACCAGCUCGAAAGGCAGCAUUUCAUUUCCCUACGGUGCGGCAGCCAUGACACGGCAACUGGCAGAACUGUCCAACUCGCCCCCGGGUCACCAAGGGCACCACAAGUCGCACUCUCCUGUCUUGUCUGCGCGCGACCUGCUCGCGGACAAGAUGAAAGCCGAGUUCAGAAGCGCCUAUGAAGACCUUGACCUUCCCGACACUUUACAUCACAAAGCUGAACAUGGUGGACUGACGUUGUAUCUCUCGGGAGGCGGGUUUCGAGGAUGGGGCUACUUGCUCAUGUCUCAGCAUCGCGUCUCGCCCUACCCGAUUCCCAUUAUCAAUGGCUUCUGUGUGGCGAAGCGCGAGUUUCAACAAACGGCCCACAUCACCACUCUAGCAGCCGAAGAGUCUGUGUUUCGCAUCUCGAAACGCCGCGCUGAGCAAGUGCCCGCAGUAGCAUUUCUGGUCAAUGUGCUCGUCGAGGCACUGCCGAUGAUCCAACAAGUCCGGUUCUGUCAAGGCGGAGUGCGCGAAGGAUUCCUGUUCGACACCCUCGACGCUAGAACAAAAGCUCUUGAUCCGCUUGAGGCGGCAACGGCACAGUACGGAACUUCCUCCGCAGCUGAUCUCGCCGCUCUGUUGUGGGAUGGGCUUCCGGGCGUCAACAAUCUUGACCGGUCAUUACCGCAAACCUUCACUCCAUCUUUCGUGAGAGCUGUCGCAGACAUGAUGUAUCUACACCUGCCGCUACCCAAAGAGACCCGCUCAUUGUCAGCCCUACAUGCGCCCAUCACGGGAGUUCUUGCAUCCGCCCACGGAGUUUCUCAUGCAGAUCGAGCCAUUCUCGCCUUGGCGCUUUGCGGGCGGUGGAACGCCGAUGUUCCGCCUCCACACGACAACUUCAAGGCCCGUCUCUACGCAGUCCUGACGCACCAGGAAGGCUUCUGGGCAAACUACCUUGGCGCGUUGGCCGGCCUGGUUGGCACAGUGUACCCUGCCGGCCAUGUCGACGCGAAACAUCCACGGCUGAAGUUCUCGGCACGCUGGGCAGAUGGUCUGGGCAAGAAGGGGCUGAGUCAGGGUGUGGUCCUGACGCUGCACUGCCGGCGUGAUGACUCGAUGACCUGUUCGGUGGCGUUGAACUCGCUGGUCAAUGAGAUCGAGAAGGUGGGCAAGAAGAAGAAUCGCGUUGGUGGAGAACACGGCUAUGGAGUCCCGAUCGAGGUUGAGAUCGAGAGAGAAUUGAUCUAG